GGCCACUGCCGGUGUUUACCGUCACCAUGGAGACACAGCAGCCUCACCCUGCGCAGGCGCUAUGGAGCGGGGAGCGCGGCGGCGUGGGCCCGAGACCCCCCGGGGGGUGGCUCUGACGGGCCACGUACCUCCCAUGCAUGCUGGAGUGAGGCCACCAUGCGUGGACAGGGGUGCCAGAACUGUCCUCCUGCCUGGGGUGCACAUGGAGGAGCCCCUGUUCUCCAGAGAGAUGCCAACAGCCACAGACGAGGUGCCCCGGCAGAUGUCAUUGCCAAUGACUGAGCUGCCCACCGAGACCCUGCCUGCUGAGCCCAACAUGGUGCCACCUCCUGAGGCUGGGACAGAUCCCAGUGAGGUCAAGCUGCCACCCUCCCCUGCAAAGCUGGGGACCUGCCCCAAGGAGGUGCCCUCGGUCGUGGUGCCGGUGCAGCCUGUCUCCCUACAAACGCUGAUGGAACAGCCCAGACAGCCAGUGCCUCGAGGGAGCUGCUUGAUCCGCAACUGGCAGGAGGAGAGAGCCACAAACCACCUGGAUGCCGUCCCAGAGGGCGAGCCAGCCAGCGAGGGCUUCACCUACCGGCACGGCCACCGCAGGCUGCUGGUCCACCAGCCUGUCUCCCAGCCCACCUACAGCACCACUACAAAGGACACCUACCGCCUGCCACGCAGGGUCCUGAUGCUGGGACGAGGGCUGCGAGAGGCCAUGCUGGAGUCCACACUUUACCAGAAAUUCAGGAAGGAGUUCCUGGAGAAGAUCUUUCCUCAGUGGGUGCCCAUGGAGUCAGACUCCACCACGCUCCAGGACCAGCAGGCUAGGGACUACCAGUCCAGAAGGGAGCCCACUAUCCAGCCCCACAACUACUAUGUGGAUGAGCCCUACAGCUUCUGGGUGGACAAAUAUCCUGGUAUCGAUGGCAUCAGCUGCAAGAGUCAGCGCUUUCGCAGGACCUCAGUCUUCUCCAGCCACCUCACUGAGGACCUCCACCAGUUCCCACGCUAAGCCCCACUGAAGGUCCAGCUCAGGCCCAACAAGAAAUAAAGACCUAGGUGGGGUCCAGGUGGCCCCAGAAUCAUUGCC